AUGUCAGACGCCCCGCAGCUCUUCUUGCAGUUCUUCCAAUGUGGCGGGUCACCCCAGCAACAGCUGGACGUUUGUGGCAGAAUCUUUCGCCACGACAGCAAGGGACCUACCUUCCUUUCCCUAUCGGUGGAUUUGGACGAUCCUGAGCAGCCAGACAGAAAACCGUUUGUUUUCGCAACUGGCCCCGAUGGCUGUCACAAGCUGCUUGCUCAGUAUGGAGCAUGUAUGGUUCACGAGUUCUUGGUGCAUCUGGGCUGUGACGCCUCUUGGAUCGACCACGUUCUGGAGAAGGAUAAGCGCCGUUUCGCAAUCAUCCUGUUACCUGGCACGAAGAGUGGGGAACAGAGAGAAGGGCAAGCACAGGGAACUCCCAGUGGCGUCCGUGCCACUUGGGAUGGACUGCUUCAGUGUGUUGCAACGGUUCCUCGCCUGGACGAAUACGCCGAGAAAUAUGGAGAAGAGUGCAAGCAAACAGACAUGGCUGAAUUCGUGAAGUGCAGGGAGUUCCUGCGCAAGUAUAGGUCAGUCGAGCAUGUUGAUGCCAGCGAUAUUGACCAAGAUCCGAGCAUCUUCUUGACUCCACGCCGCUUCUUGGACAGGUGCUCUUAUCGAAUGGACAUGAUCCUGAUUCCUUCUUUCGGCACCUCCACACCCUCGCUGAAAAGUGUUGUGGCGGGUGUCUGCUGGGAUGCCUUGGGCUUCUCUGGCCGGAAACACGAGCUGGUAGAACAGAUACUGUACAAGCUGGCAAUUGGAAAAGGAGCGCAGCAAAUGAUAGCGGUGGACGGAUCCUUCACCGAACGGAUGCAGGAGGCCCUCCAGAUGUGCUCCAAGGCAGCCAACGAGACCAGCUCCGUGAAAGCGGCCAGCAUGGCUUGCUGCGCGUGGGGCGAUGUGCUCAUGAGGAGCCGCGAGUGCUGCAACGUGCCCGGACCGCCAUACUGCAUCAGCCACGGCAACUCCAAGUUGGCGCGGAUGUCGGUGGCCCUUGCUGCAGUGCUAGCUGCCGUGGCUGCAACUGUGUUGCCAAAGCUGCAGAUGUGCUGCCGACGGCCCGAUUCGCGCAGUGGGUCCUGCUUGGAGUCCUUCUUUGCUCCCAGCCUCUUCCGCACCCCGCGGACCCGGGCCUCGAUGAUGGUCGCCAACAUCGAGUCCUUGGAGCGAGGUGGCAUCGAGGCCGACAGAGCUCUCAUGGAGGAUCUAAAGCAGUGCUGGAGCGGUGACGGACGGAGUGACGGGAGACGACGAGGCUCAUCGCUUCGCACACUGCCCGGGGGCGACUUCUGGCGGGAUCAGGCCGCCACAGCCUUCGCAAAACUCCAGUCGGCCUUCGGAUUCCAGGAGGACUCGGUGAAAUGUCAGUUCGAGCACUUUCUUUCUCUGUGGCGCUCGCACUGUGCUGUGGUGGCCGACCGCCUGAAGCUGCCUCCGAACGACGGGGUGGGUUGCAGAAGCCUCGAGGAGGAUCUUCUCAAAAGGGGGAUGGAUGAGCUCCACGAGGACCUACUCCGUGGCCUGCGAUGGUGGCGAGCGACGUUCCAGGAUCAAGGUGUCAAGCUGGGGGUCACCCCAGAAGCACCCGAUGAGUCUCCACGAUACCAGGGCUCCAUGAGCAUCUCGACUUCCGUCCAGGUGGAGGUGAAGUGGUGUGUCCCCGAGUCCGCGGAGCGUGCGCAAUUCAGUCAGUACCAAGCAGCGAAGCCAACUCUCGCGAAGCUCGAGGAAGUGGCAACGUUCCUUCUUGUCUGGGGCGAAGCAGGCAACCUGCGAUUCAUGCCUGAGAUGCUGUGCUUCAUCACACAACUGGCGCUAGAUGCCGAGCCAGUGCACUGUGAGGAGCAUUCCGGUCGGAGCGGAGCUUACCUCGUGAAGAUUGUCCGGCCCAUCUACAAGGUCAUCUUUGACGAGCAUUAUGUCAAAGUUGGACCAGAGAACCCGACGCAGCGGCAAAAGGAUGAGAAAGUGCUGAAGGAUGGCUAUGCUACAUACCUGCCGCCGGAUUGUGCGAACCACGACGACUGGAACGAGCUCUUCCAGGAUCCCAAGCGGCUUCAAGCAGCUCUGCCGAAUCUCUUCAAUCAGCCCAAACAUCUUCGGUACGAGGCGCUGAAGAAGGUGGACUGGGCAAGUGCCCUGUACUCGAUGAAUGUGAAGACACACAGAGAGAUUCACUCGUGGUGGGGAGUCUUUGCAGCUACUCACCGCUUGUGGUUCCUGCAUGUCUUGCUCUAUGCCUUGUCGAUGUGGUGGGUUUCUUCGCGGACCUUCCACGACCCUGGCUCAGGUUGGUCGACGCCGCUGGGUGGGGGCUCGCCAUUGGUUUGCCUCUCUGCCAUUGGUCUAGUGGUGCCUCUGCACCUGGCAUUCUACUGGAUGAGCCGCUGGUUCACCACUGGCAGCGCCUUGCGGCCGAACUACCGCGAGGGAAGCACUUGCCAGAAGAUCCGGACCCUGCUCUUGAAUGCUUUGCUGCAAUUGAGGCUGCUUCUUCUGUUCGUUCCUGUCGCCACCUUUCUGUGGGUCCGCUGGUUGGAUGCUUUCGGUGACGACGAGUGGCUCAAGGUGCACCCUUUCCUUUCCUUGAACACGGCCCUGCAAGUGCACGUCUUCGUCUGCAGCUUUGGAGCACUUCUGAUCCUCCUGCAGCCCUGCGCAAGUGGGGCCCCGUUCCGUCCAGCUACGCCAACACCGUGGACCGUGAAGGGGCUGCGCUGGCUCAUCUGGCUGGUGAUCCUGGCGGUGAAGUUCUUUGCGGGCCUUGGGGGCAUUGCCGCCAUCGAGAGGGCGACGGCUGAGUUGAAGAUCAGCCGCCUUGGACGUGAACCGAUCGAUGAAAUUCCGAGCUUUGCCUUCGGCCCCAACUGGGACAAGGACAUUAUCGAGUGGGUGGCACUUUGGGGCACUGGCCUGUUGUGCUAUGUAGCAGACACACAGUUCUGGUUCUGCUUGGUUUGCUCGGUCGUGGGCAUGCUCUUGGCAUUUCACCAGCGUUCAUGGCGUGUACAGCAGCUGCUUACAGAGGAUGCCUUGUCCGCUGUGCCCCAGCGCUUUGCAGAGCGAGUCAUCCUCGAAGCACCAGAGGGAAGACGAAACCGCCAUAGGCUCGCGGAGGGCUCCGUGCCGGCCCCGCGCGCCACGGCAAACUCCCAGUGGUUUCAGAAGUUCUUCCCGGACCUCUGGGAUCGGAUCAUUGACAUCAUGCGCUACGAAGACAAGCUCGAUGACUUCAUCAUCGGACAAAUGAAGUUCACGGUCGCAGGGGAAGGGCGAUCAGUUUCCUGGGAAAGCGUCCACAGGAAGCUGCAUGAGCGGCAGCGCUUCUCGCCGCCCCCCAUCUUUGACGUCAUGAACUUUGGGCAGAGGAGCUUGGAACGCGAUCUGGGCAUUCUACCGACAGACACGUGGCCGUGGAGCACGGAGGUUCAGUGGCGGCUCAACGCCUUUGCACGCAACCUGGCAUCUGGGGACUUGCCCAGACCCUUCGUGACGCCAUACAUCCCUGGACUUACAGUGCUGAUCCCCCACUAUGGAGAGCAGAUCCUGCUGUGCAAGAAGGACCUCCAUCCCGACGCUGCUCCUCGGCAGGGCCGACGACGCUCCAGUCAGGUGGAAUUUGGCGGCAGCAACUCUGGAGAGGAAGUUCCCUUGAUCUCCUGGCUUGAGAAGAGGUACCACGAUGACUUUCUGGCUUUCACCUCCCGGACGAAGGGCAUAGAUCCCUCGUGGCCCGACGCCGGAAGCCGAUGGGAUCAGUACACGGACCCGGCCCAUUGGGAGAAGCUCUGCGGGUGGGCCUCGAUGCGCUCACAAACGCUUUGGCGAACUGUUGUGGGUCUCAUGUACUAUCUCCCCGCUCUGGAGUGCUUCCAUCAGAUGGUCAAGGAACGGAACAAAGACUCUGCUAUGGCCGCGGCGUGGGAUCCAACUGAGGUCUUCACCUGCAUGGUUUCGAUGCAGAUGUACGCGUUCUUCGAGGAUGUGCAGUACGAGCAUACGGAGAUCCUGCUCCGGAAAUUCCCAAGGAGUUUCCAGAUAGCCUUCAUUGACCACGAGGGCAAAGGAGAAGCUGCUGUCCGGGACUGUGUCCACCCAAAGCAGCAGAGACGCUACUACAGCUGCCUGAUUGAUGAGAGCUGUGCCAUGGAGGCCGAGAAUCCGAAACGACGGAAGCCGCGCUUGAAGAUCGAGCUGCCAGGCUUCCCAAUACUUGGGGAUGGAAAGGGCGACAAUCAGAACCACGCGAUCGUUUUUACACGUGGGUCGAUCAUCCAGGCCAUCGAUGCCAACCAGGGUGGAUAUUUCGAGCAAAUGCUGCUGCUUCCCUGUGCGCUGGGGGAGUUCCGCAGGCGAGACCGCAAGAUGGGAGGUCUUGAGCCGCGGAUCGUGGGCUUCGCAGAGCACAUCACAAGUGACAUCGGUUCACUCGGUGACUUCGCGGCUGGUGCUGAGACUGCAUUCGGCACUGUGCUGCAACGAUCCUACGCUCUUCUGGGAGCGCGCAUGCACUACGGACAUCCGGACAUGAUGAACAAGGAGGUCAUGAUCCAGCAGGGUGGCAUCUCGAAAGCCACGAAGACGGUCAACUUGUCCGAGGACAUAUUUGCCGGGAUGGACCUCACGCUGCGCGGCAAUGGACGCAACAUUGUCCACCGUGAGUACCUGCAUGUGGCCAAGGGCAGAGACCUGGGCUUCAACACAAUUCUCACCUUCUUCUCCAAGCUUUCGGCCGGCACGGGCGAGCAGAUGCUGACCCGGCAGAUGGCACGGCUGGGGAAUGAGCUGGACUUGCCUGAGUUUCUGACGUUCUUCUAUGCACAUGCCGGGUACUACUUGACGCAGUUCUUCCUCUCUAAAAGUAUUCCACUGCUGGUCUUCAUUUGGCUACUUGUGGUUCUCGACGACCCGGAGCAGAAUUUCCCUGCCAUGAGUGCAGAUGACAAGUCCGAAACUGGUGCCAAAAUCGUCGCACGCAUGCUCAUCACCCAGUACUCCUGGCUCCUGAUGCUUUUCAUCGUCGCGCAGACAGCCCCCUUGGCCAUGCAAGUCUGGCUGGAGAGUAGCUCGGUCGCGGCCAUCCUUCGUAUACUCAAGCAGAUGGUUACCCUCGCGCCGUUGCAUUUCAUCUUCCAGGCGAAGAUCAUUGGCACCUACCUCACCAACGAAGUUACGCUUGGAGGUGCAAAGUAUCUCCCAACAGGAAGAGGCUUGCCCACGGAGCGCCGGGCUUUCCUCCGUCGCGUUGAUGGCGACAAGAAGAAAGGUGGUGGAGGUGGCCUGUACAACGACUAUGCCACCCUGGCGCUGUACGACGGAGCGCAGCUGCUGAUCGCCUCGGUCAUGGUGCUCUGUGCAGGUGGCUUGGCCGUGGAGCAGUCCCUGGUCUGGUGGCUCGUUGCCCUCGGCCUUACUAUCUGUUCUUGGCUCCUGGCACCUUUCAUAUUCAACCCGUACCAGUUUUCCUACACCCAUUUCCGGUCUGACCUCAAGGACUGGAGAGAUUUCUUCUUCCAGGAUGGAGGCAAGCACUGGGCCUUCUGGUAUGCCGAGAAUCCCAAGAAGGCCGACACGCGCCUGCGCAUUGGUGCGGGCUUGCGGACCAGCUCCAUGGAGGUCCUCAAGCGGGCUCUGUUCCUGGGCUGCUGGUACACCAUCCUGAAUCAGAAGGUGCACAUGCUGACGGUGAUCUUUGAAGGUACUUUCCGAUCCGCCUUCAGCAUCGCCCUAGUCGUCAUGCCUCCGGUCGGCAUGUCGAUUGUCAUCUGCGCGGUCCUACCUCAAGCGUCUCAGCUGCUCGGAUGCGACGACACGCGCGAGCUCCACUAUGGUUGGAGUGCCUUGCUGGUGGUCUUGGCUGACUUGGUCGAGACGUUCUGCUAUCUGUGGAAGCUUCUGAGCCUGCGCUGGUGGAAAUCCUUCACCAUCGGCAUUCUUCUGAAAUUCUCGCUGCUCUCCCUGUGUCUGGAACUGGUGGAGUGCGCAUUCCGUCUCAAAGGUUCAGGUGCUCCGUUGCCAGUGAGGCGGCGUGCCAAGCUGUGGCUGUACGGCCAUCGAAUGGCACAGGACUUGGCUGUUUCAUCGCUGAUCUUCGGCUUGCUCUCAAUCGGUACUUUCUUCGAUUGCAUCAAGGCGAAGGUUUGUGGCUGCAAAGGCUGUGGGCUGCACAACAUCCUCGUGUAUCGCGACCCGGGAGGUGUUCACAAGCGACAGGUAAUCCGUCGGGCGCAAAACGCCGGAGAAUUUACUGAAGCAGGUGGAGACGAGCCGCCGGCGCUGGCGCCGCUCGAACUCGCCUUAGCGGCAACAACCGCCUACAUUCCGCCCGAGGGCCAUCCAUCGCCAGAGGCGACCCGUGGCCGCGGCCUGGAGUUCCAGGAGCGAGUUCCUCCACCUCCUCCACCUCAGGAGGCUGAAGUCCCACCGCCUCCGCCGCCACCGGCGCAGUGA